UCGAAAACAAUCGCGAAGUGCAGACGCAAAAUCGAGUGCGAUCCUCGAGACUGCCACCAGCAGAAGAAAUACCACCCAAGUGGAGAGAGCAGCUCGUACUCUAGUGUAGAACACCGAACCGACCACUGCUGCAGGCUAAAGCUCUUUUUGUCGUGCGAAUUGUUAGCAACUUUCGUGAGAUUCGUUUACUCUGAUUGAAUUCGACCAAGAUCAACUGGUGAUCGAGUGAGUUUAACAUAAAAGUUUUUCCGAUUAUUUUUAGUCGAAUUUAUUAAUAAUAACUAUUCAACAGUUGUGGUGCAAGUUUAUUAAAAUCUGCAUGGGAACACAACCCGUGUUUUGGAUUCAUAGUAUCAAGUGAGAUUUUCGGCCAACUUGAACGUUUUUUCUUAUCACAUGCGGGGUUAGAGUGCGCAAGCAAAAGGGAAAAUAAGAUGUCAUGAUCAGUAAUUUCGACAGUGCUUCAAUAGUGUAUAGGUCCCUUUUUUCUGGACUGGUGAUUUUGGACCAAAAAUCAGCCCAGUUCCACAGUUAUUCCUGGAAGGAUGCGAUGACUCGAUAGUCGCGCUAGCUUCACAUAUGCUGAUCAGUGUUUUUGUGAAGAAAAACAAACCCAUCAUACAGAGUGUGAAAUGAAACGUACCGAAGGGCGGAAAGAAGCUAGCAGUGGAAGAGUGCAAGUUUCGAAAUGACGAAAGAAAAGCCUCAAAACUAGAAAUAGUGUCAACACCACACUGUGGGAGUAUCAGUUCGAUUUUAUUUUCAUGUUUUGUCUACUGGUCUAUAUGCUGGCGUUGUUAGAACGAGGUGAUGAUCAGUACAAGCCGCUCAUAGCAUAGCCUGUAUAUGAUAGAUGUGAGAAGGAAAGUUGAGGUAAAUAGAAGGAAAAAAAAUCAAAAGUGACAAGCAUCCUUCAGAAAAUGAAGAAUCCGAUCGUUCGAAUGUAGUGCAACAAAAGAAUCGAAAAAAUCAUUAAACGUAAAUAUUGUACUAGUGACAUCGAAUUUCAUAUGUCACCUCAGGGUGCAGGGCCGAAAGUUUAAACAGCAAAAUAAGUGCGAGCGAAGAAAAACAUGGUAGUGCCCACGAUGGAUAGCCUACCGCGAGUACCUGACACCCACGGGGAUACCGUGGACGAAAAAGUCUUCUCCGACCUCUACAUUAGGACUAGCUGGUUCGAUGCAUCUAUCGCGCUGGAUCAAAUCGAAAAGGGCAAAGCGAGGGGGAGACGGUCAGCGGUCUACAUGCGAUCCCUGUUUCAGUCUCAUCUCUACAACCUUGGCUGUUCGAUACACAAGCACGCGGGCAAGGUCUUAUUCGUGGCAAUACUAGUUCUAAGCACGUUCUGCGUGGGCCUCAAAUCUGCGACUGUACACUCGAAGGUGCACCAACUGUGGAUACAGGAAGGCGGAACGUUGGAACAUGAACUCGCCUACACGCAAAAAUCUCUCGGCGAAAUGGACUCUUCGACACACCAACUACUGAUACAGACUCCGAAGGACAUGGAAGCUUCCAUUCUGCAUCCAAACUCACUGCUGACGCAUCUAGAAGUGGUAAGGCAAGCGAUAUCGGUUCGAGUACACAUGUACGACAUAGAAUGGAGCUUAAAGGACAUGUGCUAUUCGCCUAACAUCCCGAACUUUGAUACACAUUUCAUCGAACAAAUCUUCGAGAACAUUAUUCCCUGUGCAAUCAUUACACCGCUGGACUGUUUUUGGGAGGGCAGUAAAUUGCUUGGCCCAGAGUAUCCAGUCGUGAUUCCACAUCUAGCUAAUAAAGUUCAAUGGACCUCGCUGAAUCCUCAGAAUCUAUUGAAGGACAUCAAAGCUCAGAAUUACCAAUUCCCGUUCGACACAUUGGAACAAUACAUGAAACGAGCUGGAAUCGGAACUGGUUACACUGAAAAGCCGUGUCUAAAUCCUAAGGAUAAGCAGUGUCCAGAUACCGCACCGAAUAAGAAAUCCGAACAAGUACCGGACGUAGCGUCGAGCCUCACUGGAGGUUGCUAUGGUUUUGCCGCCAAGUAUAUGCACUGGCCCGAGGAACUGAUUGUUGGAGGUUCCACGCGAAAUCGAUCACAUCACUUGAAGACGGCCAAAGCACUGCAAACUGUGAUCCAGUUAAUGGGAGAACGAGAAAUGUACGAAUACUGGAACAAUCACUACAAAGUACACCAUAUCGGCUGGAAUCCACAAAAGGCCGCCGAAGUUCUAAAUGCGUGGCAGAAAAAAUUCUCUGCUGAGGUCAAUAAAAUAAUGCAGACGGAGGUCAAACCACUAUCCUACUAUGAUGUGUUCGCAUUUUCCUCUGCUGCUCUGGACGAUAUUCUCGGCAAAUACUCCAAUCCGAAUCCGGCAAGUCUGGGUAUCGGUAUAGCUGUUAUACUAGUUUACUCCGCACUGGCGCUACUGAGGUGGAAGGAUCCUGUCAACAGUCAAAGUGGUGUCGGAGUAGCGGGUGUAUUGCUGAUCGGUGUAACAACCGCAGCUGGAUUGGGCUUUUGUGCUCUGCUGGGAAUCGCGUUCAAUGCCUCCACAACACAAGUAAUCCCAUUUCUAGCCCUCGGCUUAGGCGUCGAUCAUAUAUUCGUAUUAACACAUGCCUAUGCUGAACGCGACAACAACGAACAGACCGGGCAGGUGCUCAAAAAGGCUGGUUUGAGUGUUCUUUUCAGCGGUGCUUCAACUGCCGGUUCCUUCUUCGCAGCCUCGUUAAUCCCCGUUCCAGCUCUUCGCGUGUUCUGUUUCCAAGGAGCAGUUCUUCUAGCCUUCAAUCUAGCAGCCGUUCUGCUCGUGUUUCCUGCCAUGAUUUCGCUAGACCUCCGGCGGAGACGAGCCGGACGAGCGGAUAUCCUCUGUUGCUGUUUACCAACGCUACCCACCACAAAUCACGACGUGAAACAUCGUCAACCCAAUCAAGACGACUCGCUCAUCGACUGCCCAGCCAAUUCAUGUUUCAGUUUCUCUAUUUCAAAAUUUGCAGUGAAACACUAUGCCCCGUUUAUUACCAAGAGCUCAGUCAAAGUGCUCGCAAUGCUACUGCUAACUGGUGUUCUAGGAGUAUCCUUGUUCGCAUCUAUGAAACUGCCAGAUGGAUUGGAACUGACUGACCUGGUGCCACAAAACACCAAUGAACACAAAUUUCUCAGCGUGCAAGGAAAAUUGUUCGGCUUCUACAGCAUGUUCGCCGUAACGCAAGGCGAUUUUGAGUAUCCAACUAACCAGAAAUUGCUUCACGAAUACCACGAAGCAUUCGUGCGGGUGUCGCAUGUAAUUAAAAACGACAACGGUGGACUUCCCGACUUCUGGCUCAGCCUGUUUCGUGAUUGGUUGAUUAAUUUGCAGAAGGCGUUCGACCGGGACUACCGGGAAGGAAGGAUCACUCAGGAACGAUGGUUCCAGAAUGCAAGCGAUGAUGCCAUUCUAGCGUACAAGUUGCUAGUGCAAACCGGGCACGUUGAUAACCCUAUCGAUAAGAGUUUGGUAUCACAGGUUCGACUAGUUGAUUCUGAAGGUGUUAUUAAUCCAAGGGCAUUCUACAAUUAUCUAUCAGCUUGGGCUUGGAAUGAUGGCUUAGCGUAUGGUGCAUCACAGGGAAAUCUGCGUCCCGAGCCGCGCGAAUGGUUCCACUCGCCGAGUGAUUUUGAGUUGAAGAUUCCGAAGAGUGCACCCUUGACUUACACCCAGCUACCAUUUUAUCUACAUGGACUGAGCGAUACACAGGAUAUCAAGGAAAUGAUCGGUCAGAUUCGUGAACUGAGCAGGAGAUUUGAAUCUCGUGGAUUGCCUAAUUAUCCAUCAGGAAUACCUUUCCUUUUCUGGGAACAGUACAUGAACUUGCGGCCUUGUUUACUAAAGGCGAUCGGGUGUGCCUUGGUGGCAGCUUUCUGCCUCGUAGCUCUACUACUUCUAUCGGUUUGGGCGUCUAUUCUGAUCAUCUUUAGCAUAGUAACCAUGCUGAUCCAGCUGCUUGGAGUAAUGAUCCUACUGGGCAUCAACCUGUCCGCCAUUCCGGCAGUGAUUAUGAUUUCCAGUAUAGGGUUUGGCGUCUGCUUCACCGUACACGUGUCUUUGGGAUUCAUCACCGCGAUAGGCAACCGAGAUAGGCGAAUAAAGUUAGCCCUGGAACAUUCACUAGCACCAGUAAUCCACGCGGUGAUGACCUCGAUCCUGGCAGUCUUAAUGCUAUCCACGUCAUCCUUUGAAUUUGUCGUACGACAUUUCUUCUGGCUGCUGCUCUCCGUCCUCGUGAUCGGCGCCAUCAACGGGCUGUUUUUCUUCCCGAUUCUACUGAGUAUGGUAGGUCCAGGUGCAGAAAUCAUUCCGCUGCAGUAUGCAAAUCGAAUUUCGACUCCAUCGCCGCCACCGAAGCGAAACAAUAAAAUAUCGAAUAAACCCUACAUUCUAAACAACAAACGGUCGUCGUCGUCUUCGUCGAGAAACUGCUCGAAGUCUCACCAUCACCACAAGCACAAUAACGUUAAUCUGAACAAUGAACCAUCACUGACCACAAUCACCGAGGAACCACAGUCCUGGAAGAGCUCCGCUUCGUCCAUUCCGUCAAUCCACGAGAAAAACAAUGUUAACGUCAACUACUCCAAUCAAGCUCCGGAGUUGCAGAGCAUAGUACUUCAACCGGAGGUGACUGUCGAGACACAUCAUCAUGGAGGUGAUCAUCAGAACACGAAGGUUACCGCUACUGCCAACAUCAAGGUAGAACUGGUGACACCAGGUCGGGGACCGCCACGAAUGGUCCGAACGAGCAGCUCUAGCAGUAGUAGCGGGAAUAGUAGCAGUUAACUAAGUCCCCAAUAGUAGGUGAAGACUAGCGAAUAGUUUUAAGAUCGUUCGCACGAGCGUAUGUAAAUAGGCUAAUUCCUUCAACCUUUAUUUCUUCGCAUUUAGUGUAACAGUAAACAUUAUUUAUUUGUUUUUCCUCCUCCAAAAGAAGAAAGUAUUAUUUUUACCCAUACUAGAGUAGCGAAAGUCUAUAUAAAUUUCGUCUAUUCUUCGCCAAUACUCAAAUGACGAAGAGAAAUAGUAGUGUGAAAGAGAAUAGAUUGUGUAUUUAGUCGUGGGGGCCUUGCAACGGCCUCACCCGACGUUGUAUAGCAACUUAAAAAACUUGUUCCUGCUGCUAGAAUGUUUGUAAUAUUUGAACAAAUACAACUGAACAACACUGACGAACUGAUUAAACUAUAGGAAUAGUAGAGCAACUGUAGCCCGUAAGACUUUGUAUCUUCUGCAGUAUAAAACCAGGGAGCUGAGAUGGUAUAGUUUUUACGAAAUUUACUUUAAUCAUAGAUAGGAUUCCUUGUACAUUUUUAUUUGAUUGCGGGUUUGAGAGACGAUGAUGCAUGCUUUAAGGCCAAAUAUUUUCAGUUUUAUAAACGAAAUUUUUAACGUAAACUCCUAUAACUUAUUGUGUAAAUAGCGAAACAGGCAGACUUAAGAGCAGCUUAUUGCAACUGUGACAAAAAUAAUUCCAACAAAGAGAAACAAUCUUCAAUUAUUCUCCAAAAGGGUCGUACUUAACAGCAACUACCUUUCAAUCUCGUUUGAACAAUAAACGUAUGUACACAUAAUGUAUACUGAAAACAAACUAAAGACAUAAACCAAACUCAUUUCACCCAUGAAAAAACUGAACUGUUAAUGAAUCUGAAUAUUUGGCUUUGCUCUCGAAAUUAAUCGUAAACUAACAAAAUUAUUCAAUUUCAUUGUUAAUAACAAAACUUGUACAAUUAAAAGUUUUUUGUUUGUUUAAGAAUGUUACCAAUUUUGUAAGCACUUUAUUAUUUUCAAACACUGAAAGAAAGAGAAAAAAUAGCAAAAAAAAGUAUACACGACAAAAUUAUGUUUGACUUGGACUUGUUUGACUUGUCGGUAAGUUGAUGGAAAGGUAAAACAAUAACACUAUUUUUAUGUUAUAAAUGUAAAAGUAAAUAAAUAUUACCCUAAAAAUCUAUUUAUUUAUUUUUAAACGACACACUCGAGCACUAGCCUAGCGUUAUAAUUUAAAUUAUAUUUUUCGCGAGUUAACUGUAUCGAAAAGAUGGACACAAAAAUGUUUUGGAUUGAAACGUGCAUACAAUGUGGGUCGGUAAUAUACAGAAAAAUCUGCCGAGACGGCAUAGAGUAAAAGCUACCGAAAAAUGAUAUUCGCUGUAAUUAGUUGAAACUGCUAGUAGUGCGUCGUAGCUGUUAUAGCACUUAACAAUCAGCGCUGCGAUGAAUAGAUAAGUUGAAAAAACAAUCUUAACGAGUCUAAUAGGUUAUAGUAUUGAAGUUUUUAUACAGUGUAUCGUGUUUCCAAAUAAAUCGAGAAAAAGCAGUGAAACAAAUA